AUAAUAUGAAUUCGUUCAACUUAAGUUUGCUGUUUUAUUGUAGACGGCCCAUUCUGUUUGCCCUCCACAGUCUUCGGCCACGAGCUUCCUCCAGUUCCUCGCAGUCGGAGCGCAGUGCCAGCCAGCUGGUGAUGAACAGCACCCAGAGCCUGGACAUCAUGCCUCGCUUCGCCAUCUCCGCUGAGGAGGAAGACGAGGUGGUUUCCAACCUGCGCCGCAUCCGACUCUAGAGCAAUAGCACGGGCACGAGGCCGACCUUCCGGAGAGGAGCUUCCCGACGGAUUGCACACCAGCUCGAGACCCCAGAAAAACCCAGAUCCCCCACAGGAAAAGUCCUGAAGUCUGCUUUAGUUUCUGGACUUUCGCUCAUCAUCACCCCAGAUAAAGAGACAAAACCAGCUGAGACGGGAGGGUCCAGUAAAUACAUGUUCCAGUUACUGUCAUGUUUGUUAAUAAAUUAAUUUAGAUAUAUGAGGACAGCCUGAUGACGUCUAAAUGACACAAUAACCCAUCAGUACUGGUGCUGGUCUGACUCUGAGGAUUCGGGGGUUUAAAAGUAGGAGUGUGGAGUAAAUUUGAAUUAUUGAUUGUCCUCUUUCUCCUCAACCAGACGACUCUGCUGAUCCUCCAUCAAGCCCCAAA